AUGGCCAUGUUUUUCGCCGACGCCAUCCUCUCAAAGAAAGGCCCGCUUGCCCGUGUCUGGCUGGCUGCGCACUACGAACGCAAGCUGUCCAAAACUCAGACAUUGCAGACAGAUAUUGGACAGUCGGCAAAAGCGAUUGAGUCGCGCCCUUUGGCCUUACGCAUUAGUGGACAACUUCUUCUUGGUGUCUGCAGGAUUUAUAGUCGAAAGGCCAAAUAUCUCCUGGAUGACUGCAAUGAAGCCUUGGUCAAGAUUAAAAUGGCGUUUCGUCCAGGAGUUGUAGACAUGACGGAAGAACAACUUGCAGUGCCAACCAACGCGAUUACUCUGCAAGGGGACGGCUUCAACCUGGACCUCUUUGGCGACACCUGGGACUUUGAAGUCACGCAAAAGACUAGCGGGAAGCAUCUGGCUCGCGAAGCAGACAUCAAUCUACCAAUGCAAGAGGACUUCACUAUGAUGAUUGACGGUCCGGGAGAUUGGGGCAUGGAAGAAGGUGGUUUCGGAGACCUGGAUCUCGGAUUCGACGACAUGUUCCAAGGAGAUGCCGAUGACAGUAUGGCGGUGGAAGUACUUCGAGAUGCUGCUCCCGCUCGAUCCGCUCGCGAGUCUCUUGCAUCCGCUUUGCAGCUCCGCGAAGAUCAUAUUCGGCCAGACGAGCUUUCACGCGAUAAUGGCGACUUUGGAGAUCCUGCCGACAACUUUGGAGACGUAGGUGACCUUGGGCUUGAUUUCGGCGACGCUGGAAAUCUGGACGACCAACCAGCGCUGGGCGACCUCACACUCGAAGAGUCUCGACGGUCGUCGCCUAUCUCCGAACCUCCUGAGCCGACGACGCCAAAGGAUGAUGAGGUGCAAGAAGAGACACCCAAAAAGAAGUCUCCAAAGAAACGCAAAAUCAAGGAGAAAAAACAGGUCAUUGAUCCAAUCACGGAGCUCAACGACCGCGCCGGUCGACGAAAUGGUCUCACCUUCUCCAAGGCCGAUGUCAGUGCAAUCACGACAAAUUAUGGCUACUUGCCGGACUCAGAGGUUGUGAUGGGUCUCAUGGAGAUCAGGGCUGACCCUUUGGCACACUUCUUCCCCAUUAAGGUCACGGAUGCCGGAUCAUUUUAUUGUAUGGCACCCCCUGGUCUCGCACCUGAGAUUUCGGAUCUGUUCCUCUUUCCAGCGGGUCAAGCGGCCGGUCAUAAGCGCAAAGGAGGUGGUCGGAACGACCGUUCAUCGAAGCGCCCACGCUUGGAGAGUGAGCCUGUGGAAGACCCAGAAGUCCUGCGGGGUCGUGCUGGCACGGAGCCUCCUUCGUUUGAUCAGGGCCACAUCGACUUUGGAGACGAGUCGGGAAUCAUCCCGGCGGAUGAAUCUCUACCUCUUGACGACUUUCAGUUCCAAGUCGACGAUUCACUCCAUCUCGACCAGCAACCCUCUUCUCGACACGCUACUCCGGCUGCAGAUGCCUAUGAUGACAAUUUCCGAUCCUAUGCAGACGAGGACUGCCCCGUCGCAAUGUUCGAUACCCAGCCGCAGACCCAGGAUAUGGGGCCUAAUGUCUCUGCAUCACAGCGCUCUGCUGAGGAGAAAGAGGAGGUGGAGAAUAAGGAUGGGUACAGUCGGAAUACCGUUAAAGCUAUCGGUUUGCUCCGUCACGAGCUCAAAGGGCAUACCCAAGGUACAAAUGGUUCUCUCAGCUUUACAGAGCUCACCGACAAGGGUUCUCGACGGGCUGCCUCUUCAUUCUUCUUCGAGCUCCUCGUCCUCGGUACACGUGAUUGUGUGAAACUGAAACAAUCUCAAGAAUUUGGUGAUAUUCAGAUCAAAGGCAAGCAGAAACUAUGGGAAGGCCGGCUCCAUCACGAUAUCCCGGCUUGA